AGAUGGAGAUGGAUGGGGCUGGUGCUGGUGCUGGCUGUGGCGGUGGUGAUGGUGAUGAUGAUGAUGCUGCUGCUGCUGCUGCUUCCCCUCUGCGGCUCUGCGGCGAUUCGACGCGCGCAAAUCCCUUCCACAGAGCUUCUACCCCUCUUCCACCCCUCUUCCAUAGGGCGAAAGAGUAG